AAGUGGCGCUGUAAAGUCCCAGUGUGGACUGAUUUAUUUUAUAAGCUGCUUAGAAAGACAGACAGCAGGUUUUUAAGCACAUCGCGCCGGUAGAUAAGCUUGACACACUGUACUAAAGGUUGUAUAAGUGUGUUUCUUAAUUUAGUUCACCUGAAAUUAGGGUCUGUUGAUGGGUGAAGUUGGGUCGCUAGACAGCAAAAAGUGGCAGGUGUGUGUUUGAAUGACUUAACUCUCAUUCAUUCAAGAUUCAAAGUAACCAAUCUGCCACCGGCUUGAAACAAGAAAGUGUUCAAAGAACUUUUGGGGUCUCCCCAGCCCCCAGUCUUCAUCAUGAGGAUGAUAAUGUUCUUCCUGGUUGGGCUUCUGGUCCAUGUCAUUUUCUUCAUCUCCAUAUUUGACAUCUACUUCACAUCGCCCCUGGUCCACGGCAUGGCCCCCCAGGUGUCCCCCCUGCCUCCCCCUGCCUCCCGCCUGCUGCUGGUGGUUGCAGAUGGACUCAGGGCAGACAGCCUCUAUAAGCUUGAUGCCAAUGGAUCCACCAGGGCACCUUACUUAAGGAGUGUGAUGGAAGAAACAGGGAGUUGGGGUGUGUCACACACUCGUGUUCCCACCGAGUCUCGACCUGGACACGUUGCUUUGAUCGCUGGCUUCUACGAAGAUGUCAGCGCUGUAGCUAAAGGCUGGAAGGAGAAUCCAGUGGAGUUUGACUCCGUGUUCAAUGAGAGCAGACACACCUGGUGUUGGGGCAGCCCUGACAUCCUGCCCAUGUUUGCCAAAGGUGCCAGUGGGGACCAUGUGUACACCUACACCUACCCAGCAGAGAGAGAGGACUUUGCCUCCACCGACGCCUCCAGACUGGACACCUGGGUCUUUGAUGAAGUCAAGUCGUUCCUCCAGUCUGCCAGGGUGAACUCCAGUCUGAUGUCCAGUUUACAGAAGGAUCAGAAUGUCUUCUUCCUCCACCUACUGGGCAUUGACACCAAUGGACACGCCCACAGACCCAUGUCACAGGAAUAUCUAGAGAACAUACGUCUGGUUGACUCUGGGGUGAAAGAGCUGGUCUCCAUGGUCGAGGACCUUUUUGACAACGAUGGGAGAACAGCCUAUGUGUUCACCUCUGACCACGGCAUGACCAACUGGGGCUCCCAUGGUGCAGGCCACCCCUCUGAGACCCUGACCCCAUUGUUGGUGUGGGGAGCUGGGGUUCACACUGCUCAGAAAGUCACUGAACCCCAGAAGUACUCAGAUGGAUACCUACAAGAAUGGCAGCUGGAGGGCCUCCGCAGGGUUGAUGUCAAUCAGGCAGACAUAGCGCCACUGAUGUCAUCUCUUAUUGGAGUGCCUAUUCCUCUCAACUCUGUGGGUGUGUUACCACUGCAGUACCUGAACAACAGUGACCAGUUUAAAGCUGAGAGUAUGUACUCUAACGCCAUCCAGAUACUGGAGCAGUUCAAGGUGAAGAUGGCUCAGAAAAAGGAAACAACUUUAUCCUUUCUCUUCACUCCAUACCAGUUGCUGACAGAGUCACGCCAGGCAGAGUUUAUCAACAAGGCCAGGGUUCUGAUCCAGCUAGAGGAAUAUGAAGAAGCUAUCUCUCUGUGCAGGUCUCUGAUUGGCCAUGCGUUGGAGGGUCUGUCCUACUACCACACCUAUGACCGGUUCUUUCUGGGCUGUAGUGUUGUGCUGGGCUUCACAGGCUGGACCUCCUAUGUGGUUCUUGUUAUACUGAAGACACACGCCAGUCUCAGGAGACCACCCACACCCACAGACCAGGUGUCUGGUAAAACCCUGUGGUGGAUGGGUGUGGGUGCUACGCUGCUGAUUGGAAUGUUCCUGAUAAUCCAGAGAAGUCCAGUAACCUACUACAUCUACUGUCUACUGCCUGUCCCUGUCUGGUACUCUGUCCUCAAAGAGUUUGGAACUCUAACAGAUCUGGUUCGUUCGUACAGUUCACUACCACUGGGUAAAUGCUUUGGCUACUUUGCCCUGGUCACAUUUGGGAUUGAACUUCUGGUGGUGAGUUUCUUCUAUCGGGCCAUGUUGACUGUAGGCCUGGCUGUUCUCUCUCUCUGGCCCCUCCUCUCUGGCCUCUACAGCAAGGCCAAGUUUAGGUCAGUGAGCUGGGUCCUGUGUUGUUUAUUUCUGGCCACAUUUCCCAUGAUGCCAGUUGUUGGGAGAGAAGCCAACAUCCACAUGGUUACCUGUGCAGGUGUACUCUCUCUGUUCAUUUCCACCUUUUACCUCUGGUUGGCACGGAAACGGACUACACUACACCUGACUGACCGCUACCUCUUAAUCUUUCAGAUGCUCCAUGUAGCAGUGUGUGCCUAUGUGCCCACCAGCACUCAUUCCAGUCUGCAGCUGAAACAGGGUCUGCCUCUCCUCAACCAGAUGAUCAGUUGGACUACACUGGGUUCCUCUCUGUUUGUUCCUUUGUUGAGUUCUACUCGUCUGUUCCAUCGUCUGCUCAGUAUCUUACUCUCCCUCACAGCCACCUACCUACUACUGAGUACUGGGUCUGAGGCUCUGUUCCCGCCAGUCUUGUCCUGGCUGAUGUUUGUGUGGAUCAACAUAGAACAGGAAGCCAUGCUCUCUCAAGGUAUCUCUGGGAGACAGGAGCUGUCCACGCUUGACUUCUCUGAAAACAUUGACAUCACCAAGAUCAGACAACUGAAGCUGGAUGACAUCAGAAGAUCCUACUUCUUCGUUUUCUUCAUAAUUACAGCCUUCUUUGGUACUGGGAACAUAGCAUCCAUUAACAGUUUUGAUCCAGCCUCAGUGUACUGCUUCCUCACCGUCUUCAACCCCUUUAUCAUGGGAGGCCUGAUGAUGUGGAAGGUGAUAAUCCCAUUCAUCAUCGUUAUGUGUACGUUUGAAACCAUCCAGGUCUCUACACAACUUUCCUCCAGAAGUCUGUUCCUCAUCGUCCUGGUGAUUUCUGACCUGAUGGCUCUGCAUUUCUUCUUCCUAGUGCAGGACUAUGGGAGCUGGCUGGACAUUGGCACCAGUAUCAGCCACUAUGUGAUUGUGAUGUCCAUGACCAUCUUCCUGAUGCUGCUCAGUCUCAUGACCCACAUCCUCACGUCCAGGAGAGUCUCUCUGUGGAGGACACGCAAGAUGCACUUCCCCUGAACACUCUCUCUCUCACUCUGUGUUGAUUCAAGAAGAAACUCCCAGGCUAUUUGACUUUUUUUUUAGUUUUUUUAAUUUUACUUUUUUAACGGUACAUAAACUGAUCAGAUCAGAAUUCUGAAGUCUGACAAAUGUUUUUUUUUUUGAGGGGCGACAAUGUCAGAGGACCCGGUGUGCAUUCAUGACUACUCGUUUUCAGCCAACUUACAAGCAAAUACUUUACCAUCUCAUGGUAAGAGUGGCUGAGUUACUAAGCGAGAGUCAGGGUAGAGAGGCACUUCAGAGGGAGAAUCAGUGAAUCCAAUAGCGAUAUAAGUAGGGGAAAUCUAAAGUAGAUAGAUUUCAGAGGCAACACUCCAUAGGCGACAGAGGUCACAGGUGUCGAGGGGAACAGUCAACAUGCCGGCGAUCAGAGGAAGGCUCCAGGCAGGUGGAAAUGAUCACAUGCCAUUUAGCAGACGGUUUUAUCCAAAGCGACUUAGUCAUGCGAGCAUACAUUUUACAUAUGAGUGGUCCCAGGAAUCAAACCCACUACCCUGGUGUUAAACUCCAUGCUCUACCAACUGAGCUACAAAGGACCAUGCUCAAGAGUAGCCUAACUAACUUAAUUGAAUAGUUGAUAAGGGAUGUAUGUGUGUUACUAAUGUGUUAUUGAAUGGUUCCUACUUCGAUGUGUGGUAAAUAGUAUAUUCUACAGGGUUAUCUAUCAUAUUAAUAUUGUAUUACAUCUAUUUUUGUCAACUGAUACUAUAUGAUGUAUUACUUGGUGGAUAUGGAUGGUGUAUUAAAAUGUUAAUUUAU